CCUAACAGUAAAUGUGUUUGGGGUACAUCGCGUCCGGCACGGCCAUCAACAUGGCAGCUAUCACAAGCAGUCGACUGCUGAAAAACACGGCAUGGUGCGUCUUGAGGCGACACCUAAGUUUGAGUGCUCCACGCUCUGGAACUCAGAUGACAGUUCGAGAUGCCUUAAACAGUGCAAUUGAUGAAGAGAUAGCUCGCGACGACAAAGUGUUUCUGUUGGGAGAAGAAGUUGCGCAGUAUGAUGGAGCAUACAAGGUGACACGUGGACUGUGGAAAAAAUAUGGGGACAAGCGUGUCAUUGACACACCCAUCACUGAGUUGGGCUUUGCUGGUAUUGCUGUAGGAGCUGCCAUGGCUGGACUGAAGCCGGUGUGUGAAUUCAUGACCUUCAACUUCUCCAUGCAAGCCAUAGAUCAGGUUAUCAAUUCUGCUGCAAAGACUUUCUACAUGUCUGCCGGCACUGUGCAAGUGCCGAUUGUGUUCCGAGGCCCCAAUGGUGCUGCCAUGGGCGUGGCUGCCCAACACUCCCAGUGUUUCGCUGCCUGGUACAGUCACUGUCCAGGACUCAAAGUUCUCUCCCCUUAUUCCUCAGAAGAUGCUAGGGGGCUGCUCAAGGCUGCUAUCAGGGACCCCAACCCAGUUGUAUUCUUGGAGAACGAGCUGAUGUAUGGCACGUCUUUCGAGAUCUCCGAUGAAGCAUUAUCUCCCGAUUUCAUCCUGCCUGUAGGAAAAGCUAAAAUCGAAAGAACAGGAAGUCACGUGACCCUAGUGAGCCACUCCCGAUGUGUGGGUACCUGUCUACAGGCAGCAGAGGAGCUUGCCGGGCAGGGUGUUGAGUGUGAGGUGGUCAACUUGAGGUCAAUUCGGCCGCUGGACGAGGAGACAGUUAUCCAGUCAGUAAUGAAGACCAACCACCUGGUGACAGUGGAGGGAGGCUGGCCCCAGUCUGGUGUAGGAUCUGAGAUAUGUGCUCGUUUGAUAGAAAGUCCUGCCUUUAACUACCUUGACGCACCAAUCCUGCGUGUGUCUGGCGCCGAUGUCCCCACACCGUAUGCCAAGACCCUCGAAGACUGCGCCUUCCCUCAGCCCAUCAAUGUUAUAAGAGCUGUCAAAAAGAGUCUGAACAUCCCUUGAUGUUUUCCAGAAACUGUUCAGAUAUUACCAGUUCUUUUACCAUUUUAAUAGAACGAGGGUCGUAGGUCUGGUGUAUACAAUGAAAGACUGUGUAUAGGCUCAAAAAGUGCUAGUUAGUUGGUGUCUCGAUCGAGGAGGUGGCCGGUGUGCUGAAAGUGGGUGUUCAGUAUUUGUGUGGUCAUGUGCAUUUGUUAUCACUCCCAGAGAACAUAUAUACAACUCAACUUUUGAUAAGGAUACAGACAUUUUUCGAACUGUCCUGGAAAAUCAGACAGACAUUUUUCUAACUGUCCUGGAAAAUCAGACAGACAUUUUUCGAACUGUCCUGGAAAAUCAGAAAACUUAUGGAUAUACAUAUUUAUCAUAACUUGAAAUUAAACUAAUAAUUAUCAAAAGAUACAUACACAUUUCCAAACUGUAUGUCAUAUAAUCUCCUUAUGAACUCCGAGGGGUGGUCGGUUAGCCUUGUGGUUAAAGCGUUUGCUUGUCACGCCGAAGACACAGGUUCGAUUCCCGACAUUGGUACAAUGUAUGAAGCCCAUUUCUGGUGUCCCCCGCCGUGAUAUUGCUGGAAUACUGCUAAAAGCGGCGGAAAACCAUACUCACUCACUAUGAACUCAGAAUAUCCCUAUCAAAAGUUGAGUAGUAUUCUUUGUCUAUAAAAUGACAAAAUCAAACAUAAUUGUCAUUAAUUUAUUUUCUUGAUUGAAUAACAAUUCAGUUACAAUGAAUUCAAGAGGCAAGAUAACUUUUUCCUAACAUGAAUAUGUAAAUGUGAAACAGUUCUUUUGUUCCAAAUGGUUGUUGAUGUUUAUUUUACGACAUAGUUACACUACCAGUUUGACUGGCAUGACAUGAAGUGAAUUUUCCUGAACUGGGAAUAUCGGGUGAUAUUUGAUCAUUAGGAAAACCUCAUUUGUUAUGGAGUGUGUGGGUCCACAGUACCACAGGCGACAUAUAUCCUGGAGAAUUAUAGCCGAAACUAAUCACCACACUACGAACAGUAUUGAUAAUGAACAAAAUUAUAUUAAUCAGAGACAACAUAGUGGCAAUAAUAUGAACUGACUGAGACAAAAACAUUGAAUCUCACUGAUGCAUUUUCUCUAAUUUCGUUGCCAUGAUUGGUUAUGAAGUAGCCCCAUUGUUAAAAAUAUUGUUGGAUUUUGAAACGUCCUGAUGUGGGUGAGCAGUACCUGUGUCAUGAGUUGAUAUUUAAUGAUGCCUUGCCAAAUACUCAGUUACAAACCCCCAAGCGUAAAGUGUUAGAGGUAGUUCUUGUAGUAAUAACACUCCAGUAAGGUAAUGUCAGACAGCGCUAGAACUUGACACUAGUCCUGUAGUCCUUGCCAGACUGCCCAAUAGUUAAGGUAUUAUAAGGGUUUUUGAUGUAUAUUAUCAUUAUGAGGACAAUUGGACAAAAACUGUUAGUUUCUAACGCUGUCAGACAGACAUUUCAGAGAUGAAGACCCAGUUAGCUUCUGGAUUUCUACUUCUUUGUGAUUUGAAUGCAGUGCUUCGAUAGAGGUGCUAGUAUCUUUCACAAAGGAGUGAUCACUGUUGGUUUCUACAUCACUUGCUUGAUAGAGCUACUGGUUCAGGCACCUGUACUGAAACAUCACAUGAAAAUAACAAAGAAAGAACAUCCAUGCCAACCCUGUCUUCUUUGAUGCUGCAGCAAAAAAGUGAAUUUGCUAUCUUAAAUGACAUAUUUAUUAAGAAAUUGAUGACCAAACAGGUUUGAUUCUAAGUCAGCAGCAGACACAAUGACGGCUUUCCUUUCAUGUAUUUAGUACCAUUCAGAGAAAUACUUCUUGAAUGUGUCACAUGAGACUUUUUCAUGGCAGAUUGAGUCAACUGAUAUACAGUUUGAAACAAAUAAAUAGAAUCUGGUCCUAAUUUGUUGUCAUCAUUUGUUAUUGGGAUACCGGCUGUUAGCGUUUUAAUAUGAUCAACAACAAAACUCAUAUGUUUCAAAUUGUCUUCUUGUCCUGAUUUUCAGUCUCUAAUUUCAAGGAUUGGGGGUUGGCAUUCCCACUAGUAGGGCUGUGACGAAGUAAGAGCUCAUUGUGGUACUGUAUGUCAACGAUGAGGAUCAAACAAUAAAGUUGUGUAUCCAAACAAAGCAGUAUCUACUACUCAAAACAAGUUUAGGAACUCCUGACACUUUCCUGUUACUACAGCUAAUCUGUCAUGCCAUGAUAUUGAGAGUAAUAUGAAAGAAUCAGGUGUUCAUUAUAGUAGUGUGCAUAAGG